UAGUGGAGGGGAUAUAUAAUUGAAGGGCAAAGAAACAAGUGCGGUAGCAGUUAUUUUGUUACUUCCUCGCACACGCAGUGGCAUCUAAAUCACUAUGUCACUUCUUAAUCAGCUCUUUAGCAGAGGCGUUUUCGGCACUCGGUGGUUUUGGGAUUGUGCAGGGCAUUGUGUUUGUAGAUUACCCGAUUUUAGUAAAACAUGCCUGAACCUAGCAAUUUCACGCAUUAAGCUGCUACAGAACAAGAGAGAUGGGCAACUGAAACAAAUGCGCAAGGAAAUAGCUCAAUUCUUGCAGGCUGGCCAAGAGCCAAUUGCUAGAAUUCGGGUGGAGCAUAUCAUACGAGAACAAAAUAUAUGGGCUGCAUAUGAAAUAUUGGAGUUAUUCUGUGAAUUUGUUCUUGCACGUGUACCUAUAAUAGAGAACCAGAGUCAAACUUUAAGCCUUCCUUCUCCACAUAAUAGGGAGUGCCCUUCGGAAUUGCAAGAAGCCAUCGCAAGUAUAAUUUUUGCUGCUCCUAGAUGUUCAGACAUACCAGACUUAUUGCACAUCAAGAACUUGUUUACCACUAAAUAUGGGAAAGAUUUUGUCUCUGCAGUAUCUGAACUCCGUCCUGAUUCAGGCGUUAACCGCAUGAUCAUUGAGAAGCUUUCAGUUAGUGCUCCAUCAGGAGAGGUGAAACUCAAGGUCUUGAGGGAGAUUGCAGAAGAAUACAGUCUAGCAUGGGAUUCCUCUAAAACUGAGGCAGAAUUUAAGAAAAACCAUGAAGAUCUCCUGGGAGGAGCGAAGCAAGUUGGUGCUGGAGCUGCACUUUCUCAUACUCCCAGCGAAAAGGGUUUUAAUAAUUCAUCACCUUGUAUUACGGAACCUUCAGUUAAGUCUGUGGAUGAUAAACAAGAAUAUAAACACCUUGAAGCUCCCAGUCCUUCUAACAAUAAUUCAUGGUUGAAUACUGAUGAAAUUGAACAGUCACACAAAAGUAACGAUAUCCCCAUUAGAGAUGCUACAAGUAAGACGACAUUCCAAUCCUCUGAUGUAUUGGAGAAGGCACGAGCUGCCAUUGCUUCUGCGAAUCGUGCAUCUGCAGCUGCUCGCGAUGCUGCUGCACUAGUACAGAGUAAUUUUGGAUCAUUGAAGCUGGAAGGUAAAUCUUCAUAGUGCUCAAACGGUAAAUCGAUGAAAUGUUGCCAUGGAUCUUGAUGUUGAAACAAUGUUAAGACCUACAUGUCAAAGGAGAAAAAUAUGUUCUUUGUUCCUGAGGUAAAGGUUUCAUGAAGUGAUUAUAAGUAAUAACAAUUAUGCCGUUUGCAUUGUACAUUUUGAUAAUUAAUACAUGUAUAUCAUUGUAACUGAAAGGAAUGCUGAAGAGUCUGAACUUAUCUAAAUCUGUCCUGAUUCUUACUUUCGUGUGUCAAGAAUUGAAAGAUGUUAUUUUUUCUACAG